ACAUAAUCUCGAUCAAGCUAAGAUCUAUCAUACGUAAAAGAGUGUUAAGUUCGACAAAAGAAAGAUAUAAAGUUUACAUACUACAUUUGAAUAAUAGAAAACUACCUGAAAUUAAGGAGAAAAUGCCGGUGAACGAUGAGAUGUCGCCGUCAGCAACACCGGCAUCUAUAAGUGAUCGGCCGUUGAUUAAGUCGUUCAGCUCUAAGGAUGCCAGGAUCUCACUUGUGCAAAAGGCAGGAGCAGAAUUUGUUGGAACAUUCAUACUAGUAUUUUCAGCAGCAGGUGGGCCCAUAGUCAACCAAAAAUUCGACGGAGCUGAAUCUUUAUUAGGAAAUGCCGCAUGUUCUGGGCUUGCAGCUAUGAUAGUUAUUCUUUCUAUUGGACACAUUUCGGGGGCCCAUAUUAACCCAGCUGUUACUCUUGCUUUUGCGGCCCUAAAACACUUUUCUUGGGCCCAAGUGCCCAUUUACAUUCUGGCCCAAUUCAUUGGAGGAAUUUCAGCUGCUUUUUUGCUUAAACUAGGUUAUCACCCUUUUAUGUUGGGUGGUGGUACUGUGCCUUCUACUAGUUUUGGGCAGGCGUUUCUGCUUGAGCUUGUUGCAACUUUCUUCCUCAUGUUUGUCAUCACUGCCGUCGCUACCGAUAAUAGUCAUGUGGGUGAGUUAGCAGGCCUUGCAAUUGGAAGUACCAUCCUUCUUGACAUACUUCUCAUUGGGCCAAGUACUGGUGGGUCGAUGAAUCCGGCAAGGACACUAGGACCGGCCAUAGCAGCAGGAAGGUAUCAUGGUAUAUGGAUAUACAUGUUGGCACCACCCAUUGGAGCCAUUCUUGGAGCAGGCAUUUAUUCACUAAUUAAGCUUAAAGAAGAUGUGCGUGAAGGAUCACCGCAACGUGCUGAGAAAUUUAGCCGCUAAGCCGGAAAGGUCAACUGUCGUACACAAUCCAACACCGUGCUACACACGAGUAUAUGUCCGAGUAGGUGGCUGGUGGCCGGGCACGGAGGAAACCUACUAGGAGUGUGCCCCGUCCCUGGCCUUACUUUCCUUAUUAUAUCCUUUGUAUUGUUGUGUAUAGAUGUUACUUGGACUUACUUCCGAUUGUUUAUCCACUAUAAUUUAAAUUGGCUUUUAAUGUAUGAUAAUGUUAAUAAAUCAUCGUCACUUAAUAAAAUUGGUCUCGCAAGUCACCAAUUCAACUAUUUUAUUUGACAAGUGACAAUCAUCACAGAAGUUACUUUUGGAGUGUGUAAUUUUUUUUUUUUUUUUUUUUUUGGUUUGAUUAUCAAUGUGAUUAGAGUUUUGUAUUCUUGGAAGAAUUUGUAUUACCCAAAAUAUAUGUGGAGUAGUUGUGAAUUGUGAUUACAUGUUUGUCUUAAUUUAGUGACGGUUAUUAAAUACUAACAAGAGUACCAAAAUCGAGAUAAAGUGUACAAAAAUAUAUAUACUAGUAAUUCAGAAGAGCAAAAGGUCAACUGUUAUUUAUCCUUGAGAAUAUUGGUAGAGGAUAAAUCGGUCGUUGGUUGAAUACCCUAAAGCCAAACAAUAUUUAGGGCAUAAGUAAAGAAUUGUAUCCACAGGGAA